GUGUUAAUUGUUUGUAAAAAGAUCAUUCCAGUUUUAUCACUCCUCAAGACAUCUUAAUCAUUUCAACCAGGUUUGCUAAGCAACUUUAAAUCAUCAAUAAAAAUGAAAUUCCUCGGAGUUCUUUUUGCUUUGUUUGCUAUUGCCUCAGCUCAAUUUGACUUGUUCAAUGGAUAUGGAGCCGUCAGGUAUGGUGGAUAUGCUGGUCUGAGGUACGGUGGUAAUGCUGGUUAUCGAGGCUUCGGAUAUAAUCCAGGCUAUGGUGGUCCAGGUAAUGGCGGAGGCUACGGAAAUGGUGGUGGUUAUGGUGGUUCACCUUACGGUGGUGGCUAUGGUAAUCCAAUGAAUGGUGGUGGCUACGGCAAUGGUGGUGGUUAUGGUGGUCCAAUGAAUGGUGGCUACGGCAAUGGCUACGGAGAUAGAGUUGGUUAUGGUGGUGGUUUCGGUGCCAACAUUGGUCUUAGAUAUGGUGCUGGAAUCUACGGUGGAUUUGGAGCAGGACGAAAUUAUUAUUAAGAGCUUCCAUCUUGUAAUAUAAAUCGAGUAUCAGUCAGGAAUUAAUGUAACUAAUUGCCAAAAUUAAGAAACAAAUAGGCACAUAAGUGUCAUUUGACAGCUCAAGAAAUACGGAGCUAUAAAAAUUGUACCUUGUAAUUAAUUUCCAAUAAACAUUAUUUAAACACUCAAA